UUUGGUGAAGAGGAUUUCUACACACAUUCUAUGGCCACAAGCAACCAUUCUGUGCUGACUGAAUUCAUUCUCCUGGGACUCACAGACAGGACAGACCUCCAAGCCCUCUUAUUUGGAGUUUUUCUAGUAAUCUACAUGAUCAGUGUCAUGGGAAACCUUGGUUUGAUUGUCUUAAUCCAGAUCAGUCCUCAACUUCAUACCCCCAUGUACUUUUUCCUCAGUCAUUUGGCUUUUGUUGACUUCUGCUAUACUUCCUCUAUCACUCCAAAUAUGCUGGUGAAUUUCAUGCAGGAGGUUAAAAGAAUAGCCUUCUUUGCAUGUGCUAUCCAAGUGGGAUGCUUCAUCACUUUUGUCGUUUGUGAAUUGUUCAUUCUCUCAGUCAUGGCCUAUGACCGUUAUGUGGCCAUCUGCAACCCCUUACUCUACUCAGUUGUCAUGUCUCAAAAAGCCUGUAUCCCAAUGGUUAUCAGUACAUAUACUUACGGCCUGUUUGUUGGAAUCCUACAGACCACUUUUACAUUCCAUUUGUCUUUCUGUGCCUCUAAUGUAAUUAAUCACUUCUACUGUGACGAUGUCCCUUUGGUAGCCUUGGCCUGUUCUGAUACUCAUGUCAAAGAAAUGUUGCUGCUUGUCAUUGCUGGUUUCAACACUCUUCUCUCUCUCCUAAUUGUGCUCAUCUCCUAUGUGUUUAUCCUUACUUCUAUCCUGAGGAUCAACUCUGCUAAGGGAAGACAGAAAGCCUUUUCUACCUGUUCUUCCCAUCUGAUAUCCAUCACCAUAUUUUAUGGUACAGUUCUCUUCAUGUACCUUCAACCCAAAUCGAGUCACUCCUUGAACACUGAUAAAAUAGCUUCCCUAUUCUACACAGUGAUUAUUCCCAUGCUGAACCCCCUCAUCUAUAGCCUGAGGAACAAGAAAGUGAAAAAUGCCUUGCAGAAAGUUAUAAGGAAAGUAGAUUCCACAACACUGCAUAGUUCAUAG